UUGUCAUUGUUAUUUGAAGUACACAUAGGUAGAAAUAGCCGCAACUAGAAUAUAGAAAAAUUCCACAUGAGAAAUUUUAGAUUUUAAUGAUUAAAUCACGAUGGAUGAAGAAUAUUCAUCAAAAACCGUUUUCAUUAUAGAUUGUUCACACGAAUAUUCAUGUACUGAUUCUGGACAAAAACAUGACAUCGGAUCACGAUUUCGUUCAAUGCCAUUGGCAAUUAUAUCAAAAUCUUUGUAUACAUGUUCGGUGGAAGCAAUUUUUGAAUAUAGCCGUAUCGUUUGGGAUUUAUUUCCUAAUGGCGAGAAAUCCUUAUUCUUCAUCGCAUGUUCACCUAGAUCAACUUAUCAAUUGAACAAUGGAACACAACAAAAUUGUGAGCAUAUUUUCAAUUCCUUCAUGAAAUUCACGCCAGAUUCGUUAAAGAUUUCACCGAAACAGAAUAAAUUGUUUUUGAUGGAAGGUUUUCGACAAGCGUUACAAUGUUUAGCAUCGGAAACAUCAACAUUAAAAUGUCGAAACAAAAUCAAUACUGGAAGAAUAAUUUUGCUUACCUUCGAUAAUGAAGAUCGAAAUUUUGUUAUAAAUUUCAAGAAAGAACUUUUGAAACAAUUUUAUGAUUUUAGAAAAAACAACAUGCCUUCAAAUAAAUUGGACGUAAUUGUAGUCAACAGUUAUCCAUUGGAACUAGAAAACUCAAUAAUCCAUAAAGAUGUGAUCAAAGAAAAUUUAUCUGAUUCAUUAAAAUUUUCAUUAUAUUCUGUUGCAUCCAGUUCGAUAUUGGCUGCACGAUUGACUUGUAUGGCAUUCGAACAUUAUGAUUUAGCCUCAACAACCGUUUGUAAUAUUCCAAUGAAAGAAGAACAAAAUUCCGGAACUUCUGCCAACUAUGAUGUUGAAAUAAUUCAUUCUCGUAAAGCUCAUAGUCAAUUCUUUAAUUGUCAGAUAUUCAUUGGUGCAAAUGAUUCAUUAUAUCAAGAUGUUGAACGUGAUAAACAAAAAUAUAAAACUUUAAGAUUAAAAUGGGGUACAUCACCGAAAACAUUAGAAAUGAGCUAUUGUAUUGGUGUAUAUCGUAUAACGGCGAUUGAUGUUAGUAGCCGACCAUCAUCAUGUUUGAUCACUUUCUUAUUUUCUGGUAAAACUGUCAUUUUGGAAAUGCCACACAAAUCAAUGACUCACAUGCUUCGAUGUCAUAAUGGUGAACUAUUCAUCCAUGUUCUUGCUAACAAUAAACCAUUAAUAGAAGAUGCUCCUUCAAUCAGUGAAGGAGUCGGUGGUAGAAUUACCGAUUAUCGUAUUAAUGAUUUUGCUGAAUUUAUGAAAAAAAAUCAUUUACUUUUAAAAUCAGCCACUGAUGAGAAUGGUGUUGAUAAUUUAGAACAAUCGGUUCUAAUAUUGAAAAAACAAACACAAUAUUGGCCAAUUUCAUUCGGUCUAACCGUCUUUUUUAAUAUACGUGAUCAAUUUUAUCCAUUGAUUACAAAAAAAGAACUUUGUGAAAAAGAUUUGAUCACAUUACGAGAUAUAAUGUAUCGUCAUCUGCAUAAUGAAAAAACCAAUGUACCACUUCCUAUACAAAGUAAUGUAAUUCGUUGUAAAGGUUUGAAAAAAGAAGAUUUAUAUCGUAUCUAUUGGAAUGAAGUUGAACAAAUUAUACGUUGUUAUCAAUUUUCAUUACAUCAUAAAACUAUUCUACAAUGUUAUCUUGAUAUAAAACCAAUUAAUGAUAAUAAUAGUAACAUGAUGUCAUUCCAUUCUCCAAUCAGGAACGAUAUUACUAUUGGUGAUAAUAAUCAUAAUAAUAAUAAUCAAUCAAUAACAAUGACAACUAAUUUUACCAACAAUAAUAUCAACAACAAUUUGGCCAGACCAAUUGAUUAUCUGAGAAUAAAAAAUAGUUCAGAAAAUUUGAUUGAUAUAUUUUCAGCCAAAUUGGAGAAUAAAAGAAAAAAAUCAUUAGAUUUUGUUGGUCGGAAUGUAAAAAUGGCUAAACUAUAUGCUGGAAUAAAUAUUGAUGAUAAAUGAAUGAAUAAUUUGUUUAUUUUUUUGUUUGAUGGAAAAAUAAAAAUUUUUUUUUUCUUUGAUAUUGACUUGAGUUUUUUUUUGUCUUUAUGUUGGAUCUACCUUUCGAAUGGCAUGAUAUGUGUGUGUGUG